AUGGCCCUACCAAUGUUGAUUGUCAGUAUUCUUCAAUUGACGUUUCUCCAGAGAGCAGGUGCAUGUCCGUCCCAUUCUCAGAGUUAUAGGAUUGAAAAAUCAAAGUUAAAAGAUACUCAUGGGUUGUUAAAUGUGAGAUUACACUCAUCGUGGCUUGAGUUACCGAUUGGGCGUAAAGCUAUCAAACCCCGAAUUCUUAUGCGUUCACAGGACUUCCCAGACAAGAUCCGAGUCUUCUCGAUGCAGCUGGACAUGUGGGCGCCUCCCAGAGAUGACGUCCUCAUCAGAUAUAAUCUCACGGAUCAUUUCAAGCCGGGAGACGUAUCGGAGUUUCCAGAGGUGACGGUUUGUAUACGAGCUAAACCGGUGGUGUUGAUGAGCUAUGAGAGCCACAUAUCCAUUGCCACAUCUGAUCAAGACAAUGAUGUGCUUCACAUGUACCGUCGAGGGAUGAAUCAUGGUUUUUACUACAACGGUGUUCGUCAGUAUGGUUUUCUUAACAUGACCAACGACAUAGGACUUCAUGAGUGGACCCACUAUUGUCACAACUUUCACCACGGGGAAUACAGGGCUUACAUUUACGGCGAACUAGCUGCUAAAGGUCCAUUCAGUGUGCCACAUAAGGUUCCUCUGCCAGUCAAGGGCAUCAUCACCAUUGGGCAGGAACAGGACCUCAUGGCUGGUGGCUACGACACAGAUCAGAGCUUCCGGGGAUACAUAGCCCAAGUGAACAUCUGGAACAGAUCUCUGACUGCUGAUGAAAUCAGGACGCAAGCCUCUUGCACUAGGGCAGAACUGGGAAACAUCUUUUCAACCGACAGGGAGGAUGUAGAGCUCUUGGGAGGUACCACGAUGCAAUUGGUAGAUCCUAGUUAUUUCUGUGAAAAGAACGUGGAAUACGUCAUCUUCCCCGAGGCUCGCUACAUGGCUGAGUCCAGACGAACUUGUAAUCGAAUUGGGUAUGAGGUUUAUACCCCAAAUAACUUUGAUGAAAAUGCCCAGCUGCACAACGAAUCAUUACGCUUUGCGGAAAAUUGUCUCUCAAACUACCAUUUGUGGAUUGGAGUAACAGACGAAGAGGUAGAGGAUGUCUGGAGGAAAUUCACAGACAAUUCAAUUGCACAAACUCAGUUUGAGCUGAACGAACCCAAUGGAGGCGAUGGUGAGAACUGCAUGUUGAUGUUCCUCCCAAAUGGACGGUGGGUAGACACGUCUUGUGUGAUUCAGUGGCCAGCCUGCGUCCCUUGCGAAGUGGAUCGUAAAGCCCCUCUUCGACUCAGAGGAUUUUGUUUCACAAACGAAGCUGAAACCUUUUAUGAGGUACUCGCUUACAGGUAUGAGAAGCCUUACCUUCAUGGUUAUUAUGGGUACAUGGUAUACAAAAUAGACGAUUACACCUGGGAGAUGUUUGACACAACUGUGGCCGAGGUCGUUGGAAUCCUGAAAGUCCCAUCAAAGGACACAUACCCAAUUGGACGACACACUUGGGAGCUCAGGAGAUCUGAAUGCAACAAUCUCAUAGGCUCAAGAUUACAGUUGAGUUUUUCCAUAUGCAAUAACGACGAAUUCACCUGCUCCAAUGGUGACUGCAUUCCUAAAGAAAAGAGAUGCAACGCCAAAGACGACUGUGUUGACCUCUCGGACGAAGAAGACUGCCAGGUGAUCAUUCAUCCGAAAGGCUACCGCAGGGAACGGCCCCCUGAUAACAUCACCCACGAAGGCAACCCAGUUCACUUAGGUGCCGUGGUGAACGUCCUUCGCUUUAUGGAAAUCAGCGACAAGAGCCGAAUCAUUAACGUUGAGUUCACGGUCGACCUUUGGUGGAAUGACCCAAGAGUCAAAUACCACAACCUUGGCGACACGCUCGAGUGGAACAAGCUCUCGGAGACUUACAGGGACAGCGUCUGGAAACCCGUGCUGACAUUCCCGAAUGUGUAUGAUGGACAGAUCAAGAAACUCUCUCUUGAUAUGUAUCUCGACAAGUUGGCUCAGCCAUUGCCGCCUGACUACAACAACGUGCGAAUGGACACCGUAUAUGCGGGUGCUUCAGCUGACAUUGUUCAAAAGGAACAUUACAGCGGCGUCUUCGGGUGUUCGUUUGACGUGUUUUACUACCCAUUCGACUCACAGCGAUGUUACCUGCUUCUUCAGCUGAGCACCAGGAGAGAGCUCAUCAAAUUCAACCCGCAGAAAACGCGUGUCCUGUACUUGGAAGACCCAAAGUUGCCUGCCUACCUGCUCAGCCAUUACCAGAUCGACGUCGUCAUCGGAGGCAGCAAUGAGACUCAGUACAGUUCUCUGAAGGUCACUUUCGAGCUUGCUCGUCGAUGGCGGAUGAUUAUCAUGACUGUCUACCUGCCGACGGCUAUGUUGCAGAUCGUCGGAUAUACGACUCUGUUCGUCAACGUUGUUUUAAUGGACGUGCGAAUGGCGGUGAGUCUGACGACCCUGCUCGUGCUCUACACCCUCUUCAGCAACACUUCCGACGCCCUCCCCGUCACGGCCUACGUCAAGCUGAUCGACGUGUGGUUCUUUUUCUGCAUCUUCUUGCUGUUCUUCAUCAUCGUCGUGCACGUCGUGGUGGAACACUUGGUGAAUUUGGCGGAGGAGCAGCACUUCAAACAAGUGCUGCCCUUCGACAAUAGACGGACGCUCGAAAAGUGUUCGGCCCACUUCGGACACGGCCGAAAGGGUGAUGUUCCACGCUCGGUACGUCAUCACGCCGGGUGUCAUCAUAUUCUUCAACCUCGUCUACUGAGGACUGGUGUUCGGAACUUCCUUCAGUGA